CUACCAGCUGCUAGACGGCGUCGUGGCAGCCCCUGGCCGGUGACCCCCCGCGCCGUCGCGCGUCGCGUCCUCCCCUCACACGAAGCUGCUUCAAUUUUGCCAUGGCAACACCUCUUCAAUUUUGCAGCCGCCCUGUAUGGUUGUAUCAGUGACACGUGAAUUGUUUCAUGUAGUAGUAGAUUGCUGUAUUUACUUCCCAAAAAAAAUAAUUCGAGUGUUGAUGAGCUGGCUCAUCAGCCGGCCACGUGGCUCGCCCCAUGAUGACGGCAUCAGAGAGCAUGUAGCAGACAUGUAGUGGUGGUGGUGGUAGAGUCCAUGGCUCAAUUGGCCACCAACACGGGAGUAUCCGAUCGCCGGCGGCCGGCCCACGUGGACGGGAUACGGGAGCCGCGUCACUCGACGCGACGGCGACCGUAACCAAACCAACCAUCAGCCGCGCGCGCCUACCCAACAGAACAAUCUCCCCCGUGCCGGCCAUGUAUCUUCAUCUUCUCCACCUAUAUCUUCCCGCGCCCACCCUCACCAGGAGUCCAGGACCACCGCACCUGCGCGUUCGAGCUCAGUUCGUCUCGAUCGAUCUCGCGUUCCCGUCUCCAACCAACGGUUACAAGGACCAGCAGCAGCAGCCCGGCAUGCCGGCGAGCGGCUCGACGCAGGCGCUGGCGCCGCCGACGGCGCACCGAGGCGGAGGGGGCGGGGAGCUGCCGGAGCACCCGCACUGCCUGCACCUGCUGGAGCGCACGGCGCCGCUGCGCCUGGCGCCGGCGGCGGACAGGCGGCUGACGCGGCUGCUGGUGAACGUGACGGUGGACCGGAGCCUGUGGCCCGUGCACCUCGUGCUGGGCGCCGACGCCACCGUGGCCGACCUCGUGCGCGCCGCCGUCGCGGCCUACGCGCGCGAGGGCCGCCGGCCGCCGCUCCAGCCCGGGGGCGCGGCGGGCGGCGACCCGGCCGACGCCUUCGAGCUGCAUUUCUCCAAGUACUCCCUCGAGAGUUUGAGGCCCGAUGAGAAGGUCGUGGAUCUGGGGUCUCGCAACUUCUUCCUCUGCGCCCGGAGAUCCCCAGCCGCUGCUUGGGCUUGAUUUGAUCGGCCAAGAACAAGAACAUGCAUGCAUCAUAUCAUAUCGUCGUAGUAGAUUACAAGUUACAGUAGAUAGCAGCAGAGGUUAAGUUAACCUCAACCACAUCGAGGCACCUUGAUUUUCCUUUUCAAAGUUCAAAAAUCUGUAGAGAACGGGUGAAUAUGCGAUUAUGUUCCCAUGUGGAUUCCGCCCAAGCUU